AUGGACGAUGCCGUGCUCUUUCACAACGUCGCCGAGGCUUUCAACAAGAUCCGGCGGGCGUCCAACGCAAAGACCAAAGGAGCCAUGUUUAAUCGAGCUUUGAAAGAGUGGAAGAAAGUAGCAGGUAGGAUUGCCUAUUAUUUUUUGAAAAUUUCCAAGUUUGGUCAAGAAAAUUGUAGCCCAGGAUUGAGACCUACGCUUCGAGUGAAUGCUUUACCCAAAAUGGUUGUUUGAAAAGAAAAAAAUUUACUUAUAAAUGUGAGAGAAAGCCGUUUCAAAAAUUUAAAAAAAAAAGGUAUUGGUAGUGAAAGAAAAAUCAUUAAAAGAGACAGUUUUGAAGAAUUUUAGAAAAUUUGAAAAAAUUUGAAAAAGGUGAAGCCAACCUUCUCGGGUUUUUUUUCAAUUCAUAAAUGUUUUAGGAGAAGAUGUCAAUAUAUUUUGUGUUGUGCGUCUUUUUCUUCCCACUGCCGAUAAACGUCAAUUCGACAUGAAAGAGGUUUUUUCCCUUUAAAACUGGGACUGUAAUACAAAAAAAAAGGCGGAGAUGAGUGAAGUAAACUUAUAGAAUUUCUGAAAAUCGCUUUUUAAUCGCAGUAUUCGUGCCACGACUUGAAAUUUCACCGAACGACAUUCCGCUGUUCCGCUGCGUGUGUUUGCGAAGCGUAUUCCGAAUCUAGGUCACGCUUCCUAUUGAUUGUUAUUGCUGUGGGAAAAACAUGAAAUUAGAGUACCUUGAUAAAGGAAAAUUAAAAAGCGCGACCAAGGUUCGCAAAGGCGCGCAGCGGAGCAGCGGAAUUUCGUUCCGUGAAAUUUCCAGUUGUGGCACGCAGACUAUAUCAAUUUGGUUUUUUUUUUGAUUCAUUGAGAUUUUAUGUAGCAGUUCAAACACAGGAGUAUAAAAUAAAAAGUAGGAGUUUUAAUUUCGAAGUAAUCAAACUGCUGGAAAAAAGAAAAAGUUGAUAGCCGUAUCUCACUCAUACCGCCUCAUUUAUACAAAAACCUACCGAAUUGCAGAAAAAAUUGGCUUCAUUUCUGGCAAAAGUCUUUCUAGAUGACAGAAAAGACUACCUGCGUACUCUUUCAAAGGUUUUUUCUUCUUCCCUGAAGAAAAACAAAUAUUUCUAGAGCACGGCAUCUGAUGCGGCGAGGAUUCUGGCAGAAACUGUCAGCGAGAAUAGAAGUGAAGACGACGCAAGCGAGGUCCUCACAGUCAGAGAAGUCAACCAACUUCUCGACCUCCUCACUUCCGAGGAAGCCAACGAAACCAACAGAAGUCGUUUAUUUACCCGAAUUUCGGAGAGGAAAAAAGCAGUUGUAGAAUUGAAAACCAUGGAGAAGCUGGUCAGAAGCUGUUCAGAAGACGAACUCGAGUGGAUUUUCAAUAUAAUAAUGAAGAACACAGAGGUAUCACUGCGAAAGAGAUUUUGAACGCGAAAAAAAAAAGAAAAACUCAGAGUAGAAGACAUAAAGUAAAAUAUCCCGUAGCUUGAAAGGCUGUGGCGAGCGCGUUACUUUUCUUAUCAGCUUUUGUCGGUUUUUAGAAUGAGAAAAAAAUAAUUCGAAAAGGUCCAAAAUCCAUUAUUCAAAAAUUAAAAGUUUUGCCGAAGUUAAAACGCAGUUUCUGUAGUUUUUUAGAAAAAAAAAUUGGUAGCAAUUUGGAUUAAAUAUCUUCCGGUUUUGACUGGCUACAAUAAAAUUAAUUGGCUCAAGAACGUUGUGCCCGCAUUCAAGAUGAUGGAAUAUUCACCACACUAGGUUCAAUUUUAUAAAGAUUAAUUUAUUUCACCUGUUUUGCUAGUUUUGCGAAGACUUAACGCAAAUUAUUAAGAUUACAGUAUAUUGAAAAAAUUUGCGAAUAACUUUCGGAAAAGUUUCAAAUCACUCUGUAUCGUUGAUCCAGUAAAUAACUAGCCGUGUACAAAUUCUAAAAAAUUAUGGACUUUUUACUUACCAGUGGAACGCAUUCUUACUGUUUGUUCGCGCAUUUUUUCAUCCUCUUCGCUGAGAGAUGCAUUCCUUCAGUCGGCCCUGGGGGUUUCUAUGAACAACGUCUUGGACUGGAUAUCACCGGAUGCACGAAAUAAAUGGGUUUCUACACUUAAUCUUCAAGAAGUUCUCAGUUUCAAGUCAUCCGAGACGCAGAGUGUCGAGUCUUCAUCUGUCAGCAGUAGCUCCGAAGUUCACGCCGGAAACUCAUUCCAAGUUGCAGAAGAAUCUCCCGAGAACGAUGAACAUCUUUUUGUAAUGUGGAAGCCGAUGCUCCUCAGCCGUCAGAAACGCGGAAAUUGGUAUGAAAAUGUAAGCCUCACAAUUUUGUUUCACUACAAGCCUAGAAUCUUCAAAAAUAAAAAAAUCAUUUUGUUGCUAACAUAUAUAUAUAUAUAUUUUUUUUUCUUUCUCGUUACACUCGUAAAUUGAUAUAGUGAGUUAUAAUGAGUUUCUUAAAGUUCUCAAAACUUCGUUUCAGCCAGUGCUGCUUACUAGGGAACUACUCGGACUCGGGUACGCGGAUCGAGUUCAAACUUUAAUGGUUUGUAGACCUAAGUGAGAUUACUUGAAAACAAGUGAGAAUAUCUGCUAAACCCAAUAGAGAACUGGGAAAAAAUUAGUAAAAAAUGUAAAAAUUAGGUCUGAAAAUUUUCAGAAUACUGAUUUUUACCUUAUCUUAUAUUUUAAUACAAUCGCUUCGAAUGAUGCGGCUAUGAUGAACUCUAAAAAACUUUUUUCAGCCAAAAGAAGGAGGAAAGCAAUAAUUUGAUAAUUUUCAAGCCUAAAAUGUUCAUUUUCAAAAAGCUUUUUCUCAGAAGCCUAUGGAGUUUAGCAGAUAAUCUCUCUCGUUUCCAAGUACUCUUACCCAGGUCUAUAAGCCACCAAAGUUUCAACUCGAAACGCGUACCCGAGUCCGAGUAGUUCCCUAGUUAGAAGGCUCCAAAUCUUGUAAAAAAUGAUUUAAAAAAAACCCCUUUUUUCAUAUUUUCAAAUGUUUUAGAUCAUGAGAUAAAUUUGUAACUCCUCUUUCUAGCUCUCUUGAAGAUAGGCACUGUGAAAAAGUUUCUUUAAAUUUUAUGAGAAAAUCAAGUUUUUUUGGUAAUGCUUCAGCAAAAAAAUUAGCAGUCUUCAGGAAGUAGGAGACUGCAAUUCAGUCAUCUGUUGUUUUUGAAUUCACGAUUGAAAAGCAAUUUUUCAGAUAAAAACUGUUUUGAAUCCCCGGAAGUUCAGAAAACCUGUUCGAAUCAGAGGUUUCAAAAUCAGGCCUAGUGAAGUAAGCGAGUUCUGGAGAGAGGAAAAAGUGAGAAAGCUGAAGCAAACAGUGUAAAACUAUUCUUGACCUCGUAUAGUCCAUUUGAAUGACGGGGCUUCAAAACGCGAAGGCCUUCCGAAGAAAAAGUCACUACGCUCUUUGAAGAUAUGAUUUUUCGAAUCUCAAGAGAAAAAUAUUCAUUUUCACGAUUUUUGGUUUUUUGCUCUCAAAUCCGGCCUGACUCGAGCAAAUGUGUUCUUCUUCCGGGAAAGAGUUACUGCGUAGCUAUUUGAAAUCUGUGCGAAGUUUCAAGUCAUUUGAGCCACUUUCAGAGAGGUUAUGCUCGGAUAACCACUUUGAAAUACCUUUAUGGCCAGUAUUGUAUAUAUAUAUACAUAUUUAUUGAUGCCAAUUUCAGUGUGAUUUGUAUGUUAGACCUCAUCAUCUUCGCAAGUGACAUGCGUUUCUGGGGACUCUCAAUCUUCACCAAACUGUUCAGAUCGAGAAGUACGGUGGAGCGAAGUUCUUCAUGCAAACCAAGUUUGACGGAGAAAACGUGCUUCUGCACAAGCGCGGGGGCGAGUACAGGUGGUUCUCGCGCAACGGCAAGGACUUUUCGAGGGUAGGAAACUCUUGCGGAGAAGUCAGAAGAAAAGGAUUGACAGGAAUACGGGAAUAGGUCGACGGCGAGCGACACUCUCGCCCAACGGAUCCAUCCUUUUUUCGCCGACGACCUUAAGUCGGCCAUUUUCAACUGCGAAAUCAUGCUCUGGGACAAAGUCAACAAAAAUUUGUGUUUGUUGCUUUUUUUUUGGAGUUCGUUGAGCUUCCAUCACAGGCAGACACAACGAUGCUUCCAAAACUUCCGAUAAUUCGAUCGUUUCUUUCCGUCACAUCAAGAAGUCAGAUAACCAACAGCUCAGUGAGUCUUUCAGGAAUUUCCCAAAAAGGCAGGUCAGAAGUUACAAAGACCGCUAGCAGAUCUAUAAGUAGGCUAAAGACCCGGCAGUAAAAACUUAGUGAAACAUGAAACUAAAUUCCUUCUUUCAAUUAAAAUUCAUCAAGAGGCAACCAGGAUGAAAUUCGAAUCAAAUCAUUUCAGUUCAUCUAGUUUUUUUAAUGUUACCUUCUGUUUUUUUCAAACGGAUGAUUACAGAAAAAGCAGCGAAAAAAAUUUAAUUUUUUUACAAAAAAAUUAUUCACUUUUUUACUUUUUUUCUGGUCUUUUUUUCAGACUUCUCGAUUUUCUUUCUUUUUGGGGACUGUAUAUCUGAGGGCUCAGAUGUCAAAAGCUGAAAACUCGAUCUAGUGAAGAGGCUCAAAUUUCUGAGUUAUAUAUCUUUAUGGACCGAAAAUUAAAACAGGAAAAUAAAAAAAAAUAAUUGACCGUUUUUGAACUCAGUCAAGUUUAACUGGUGAUUCGAAAAUAAGCCACCGUGAGCGAAAAGUGUUUUUUAAUUUUCGAAAGAGCCAAGCGUCUAAUCUGCUUUCUUUUGAACUUGAGAUAGCGGUUUUAAAGACGUACAGUUUCUGUUAUCAAUAUUUUUUUAAAAAUUCUUUUGAACGAAGUUUGUUACUACCUUUAGCAUGUUUGAAUUAUUAAUAAUUAAUUUAGCCUGUGUUAUAUUUGACCUUCUUUACUACAACGGCACUCCUCUUUUUGCGGCUCCUUUGGAUCAGCGGUUUUCUCUGUUCCGAUAGCGCUAUUUUCAUCAUAAUAGUUCAGAAUCGAGAUGCUGAACGUGGCCGUUCUGAAAAGACAACGAGCUGACUCGAUAUUUAUCGCAGAAAAUGUGGAAGGCGAAUCUAAGUGAGUUUUCGUUUUUUCUUGUCGUUUUCAUCCAACAAAACUCAGUCUGUUGAACUCAAGAUUUGUUCAGAAAAGAUAUCAUGGACUUCUUCCAGAAGGCUAUGCACGACAACGAAGAAGGUAUCGUCGUCAAACGUCGCGAUAGUCUGUACAAAAAAGGCGAAAGGUUCGAUAUAUUGGUUUUGAAAAGCAUUUGAUUUCAUGCAUAUCUUGAUCGCAAAAAAUUUCUAGUUUGUAACAAGUCCUUUUUCAUGCGACACCCUAAAGAUGAUAAAACCUCAAAAUUCAGUUAGAAGCUCAACUUUUUCAUAUAAACCACCUUUAAAACUAAAAAGUUCGGAAUUAAUACAGGCUGAGAAGUUAUUCAUAUCUUGCGUUAUUUCAAAAAGCAAAAAAAGAUGUUUUAUAGGAAUAUUUCUAAUGGCUGGUUCAAGUUGAAGCCGUCGGCCUCUGAAGACUGCGACCUCGACUUGGCCCUUGUCUCUAUCCAUCCUGGCGAAGGACUCUACGGCCGGCCUCUCUUCCGAUUCGCCGCCAGGGACCAAGGUUCUUGGUUUUUUUGAUUCUGUUUCUUAACUUCAGUGGAAACUCAGACCUUUUUAAUAACUUUUUAUCUAUGAAACGAGGGGGUCCCUAAAUGGAUUUCUAGUGACCAUAGGUCUUCAACUUGCAGAACAAUAUUUUUACAUUCAAGCUAGAAAACAGAUCAUUCAUUGGUUGUUCUUGAUUUUUAUUUUUCACUCGGAAAAAUAGGAUGAGUACGAAAAAAAGGACUAAAUCUUUCAUGGAAGUUCAAUUUUUCAGCGUUUUGCGAACGAGCUUGAGUUUUUUAGACGCGAAAAAUCGGUUCACAAUGUGUUUGGGAGUGUCGAACGGCCUGCGCGACGAGGAGCGCGAGAUGAUCAUCUUCAGCUGUGGCGAGUUGACGCCGGAUCCUCCGGAGGAACUUCGAACAGCGCGAGGCUUCAAGCCGUUCAAAGUUCCUGUCGGCAGGGGUGGAUACGUCGAUCCGGAGAAGUGGCCGGUACAUUUCUCAUUCUAGUAAAUAACGCUCAUGAUGCCUCAUGACUUGGUCCAGGUUGAUCCGAAAAAACAGAUAAUCGGCGUGUUUCACAGGUUAUCACGAUUCGUUCCAACGGUGUCCGCAACGGAAAGUUGGUCGACGCCGCCAUGACGAGGAUCCGCGACGACAAAUCUCUUGAUGAAAUCAAUACAAUCCAAGAUUUUCGCGAGUAUGAGUCGGUAAGGAGCGUUGUCUUGUCUGACGCAGGUUUUCAUUUUUCAGAAAGUGAGCGAUUUUCGCCUGAAUGAUGUCGAUAAAAAAGAUGAAGAAAAAGAAGAGGAAAGUCCUCGGAAAAAGGCGCGUCUCACGCGAAAAGCCAUUGAGGCCGAACAUUGUUAGUUCUGUCGAAGUUUUUGCCGCCAAAAUGAUUUUCCAGUGUCGCCGGUGAAGCCAAAGAAUGUCGUUAGCGAUGUAAACCUUCGGGGAGUGCAAAUUGCUGUUCUGCAGGUAUCCGAUUCGUUUGGAAUAUUGGAAUCGUACGUCGUAGUUUGUUUUCUGUUUAUUUCUUUCAACUCGCACUCUUUCCGUUAUUUUAAUCAAUUGUUACUCAAAAAAUAUGUGUUCUCUAACUGCACUUAUAAGAAAAGGACACUCUUCGAAAACGAUUAAAUUAUAAAUAAGCCGACUUUCUGAGAAGUAAAUAUGAGUAGUCUCCAAUAAAUUUUCUAGGAAAAAAAAAAAAAAUUGGUUUGGAGUCAAAUUUCACAAAAAUGGUUUUUUCAGCUCAACUAGAACGAAACAUAUUGGACUUUUUUUCCAAUUCCUAUCAAAAAAAUGUUUAACGUUCACACAAAUAUUCUAAGUACUUUUUCUCCUAACCUCUUCAUUAAAUAAUGAUAAAGCGAGAAAAUUCCACAAAAUCAAAAAGAAAAAGCUUCGGAAUUCUCUGAUUGUCAAAACGGUGAAAAUGAAGUUAUUUGUUAGUGAUCGUAGGGGACGUCGGAAAAGAUUCGUCGUCAAUGCGAAGAAGUUUUGGCUGGAUUCGGCGCGAUCAUCGUGAAAAAUCCAAGUUAGUUGAUAGCAUAAGUAGGAGAGUCGUUGCCUGAAAGACUGGAAACGGAGAGCUUUUCGAUGAUUGAAAAAAGGUUGACGAAGUCCCUUGAAUGCGAAAUGUCUUUAUUUUCUCGUUGAUAGAAUAUCUUAUAUCUUACUUUUUAUAUCUCAAAAAAGUUUUUUUUUUCUGUCAAGAACACUAUAACACAAGUGUAUGAAUAAGAACACAUCAACCCCUAAUUUCAUAAUGAAGAAAUUGAUUUUCACCAGACUCUGAAGGCUCGGCGGGGCACUUAUCCUAUAGAACUUUUGAACGAACCUCUUAUCUCAAACCUUAGUUUUUCAGCAAAUGAAACGCAGCUAGUUGUAGCCACGGCUCCCAAAGAAACCUACCCGACGACGGCCAAGGCUAUUGCUACAGACAAGUCCGAACUUUCGCUUUUAUUUCUUUUCAUUCGCCUGUUCCAGAUGGACGGUGAUCAAAGCUUCCUGGGCUCUUCGGUGCAAGGAACUUCAGUUUGUCGUUCCGUGGUUAGUUUGCAUUGGUUUUUCAAAGCAUUGUUUGAACGAAAACUUUAAACAGAAAAAGUUGGUGACAUGUUUUAAACUUGAAAUGGUCAUCUGGAAAAGGGACAUAUUCCGAUAGUUUUGCUGAAUUACAUCGGAAAGGGCAGAAAAAAGUAGCUCGCGAGAAAUUGUGAGGCUAGAAGUGACUGUAAAAUUGUCAUUUGAGGGAACGUUCCGAAGUUUUCAAAGAACAAGAAGACUCUUUCCGCAUCCGUUGA